UCAACAAGCAGCAGACAUCCUGCAACUCUGUCGUCAUGGAGAAGGAGGGUUUUAUCGAGACUGUAGACAAGCUUACAUCAGAUAUAAAGCUAGUGGUGAUCUGCACAGAUGCUAAUGCCCAGAUUGCACCCAUUAUGAACCCAGGCGAAGGCAGAUCCAAGGUCCUUGGAAUUUAUCACAGUCUGGACAUGUGGCAUGGUGCCAAGAACCUGGUCAAAAAAAAUAGCUGCUGCACCUUGGGUUGGUAUCAUGUACAAUGUCUGUGACAUUCACACCCGGAUUACGGGAAGGCGUCAACAUCGGCACCUGGAAGAAACACAUGGAAAGGCGUGGAUCCAGAGAGCUUCCAUGUGCCACAAAGCUUUAGUGGACAUUGUUCUUAAUAAGUGUUGGCUGAAGGGUGCGCACAAAUACCUGUGCUUCAGAUCAACUGCGGACCUAGAGGCAUUCCAGAAUCAUAUAUUGAUGUAUGCCAGCAAGCGCUUCAGUUUCAGUUCCCCAGUUUAUGAGGCAAGAGUUCUGCUUGAUGCACUGGAUCAUAACUUCCACAUGAACCAACCACCUAUGAAAACCGCAGAAGGCAAAGAGAUUUUCAGAAGGCUGUACAAGAAAAACUGCAGAAGACACAGGUUAUACGCCGUAAAAUCUGGAAAAAUCUACGGAUACAUCUCUGAGUUGCAAGCAAGGAUUGGAAAGAGGAGAAUCAAAAGUGGAGUAGGGAUGCCUAAAAAGAAGACAGUGUUCCCUGCAGAUGUCCACCAGCCGUUGGUGAUUAAAGAAGAGGUUCCCACUGAGUGGAGCCCCAGUCUGGACCAGGAGGACCCAGAGCCCCUACACAUAAAAGAAGAACAGGAGGAACUCUGGACCAGUCAGGAGGGAGAGCAGCUUAAUGGGCUGGAGGAGGCUGAUAUCACCAGGUUCCCAUUCACUGCUAUUACUGUGAAGAGUGAAGAUGAGGAAGAGAAACCUCAGUCUCCACAGCUUCAUCGAAGCCAAACUGAGGACAACAGAGAGGCAGAGCCUUCAGCCAGCAGCUCAGCUACGCAGAUAAAAACAGAAACUGAUGGAGGAUCAGAACCUGCUGGGAACCUUGAUCCAGAUAGUCAUUUACAACCAGAUACUGCUGAAAAAGCUUCAGACACUGAAGUCAGUGAAAAUGACUGGCAAGAACCUUUGUCAGAUUCUGAAGCUGAAACUGAAGACAGUGACAAUGGUUGGAAGGAGACCAGAGCACCUGAGUCAGGUGUAAAUGCUCUGAAAUAUAAGGAAGCUCCUGUAAGUGAUGCAGGAUGUAAUGCUGGGAAAGAAUCUUUUAGCUGCUUUGAAUGUGAUAAACAAUAUCAACACAAGGGGUCUCUUCAGAGACACAUGAUGUGUGAUUUAGGAAAAGGGUCCUCUAGUUGUGUGUUUAAUCAGAAAUGUUUCAGAGUGAAGCAAAAUGUAGAUUCACAGAUGAGAAUCCACACAGGAGAAAAACUAUUUGGCUGUGAUGUUUGUGGUAAAAGAUUUACACUCCAGGGCAAUCUUAGGAGACACAUGAUAGUGCACACAGGAGAGAAACCGUUUGGCUGUGAUGUUUGUGGUAAAAGAUUUAACCAGCAGCCACAUCUUAAGAAACACACGCGAAUCCACACAGGAGAGAGUUCAUUUGGCCGUGAUGUCUGUGGGAAGAAAUGUACAGAGCAGGGAAAUAUUAAGACACACAUGAGAGUCCACACAGGAGAGAAACCAUUUAGCUGUGAUCUUUGUGGGACAAGAUUUGCACAACAUGGAACUCUUAAGAGACACAUGGGAGUCCACACAGGAGAGAAACCAUUUGGCUGUGAUGUUUGUGGAAUGAAAUGUACAGAACAGGGAAAUCUUAAGAGGCACAUGAUAGUUCACACAGGAGAGAAACCAUUUAGCUGUGAUCUUUGUGGGAGGAGAUUUACACAACAUGGAACUCUUAAGAGACAUAUGAGACUGCACACAGGAGAGAAACCAUUUGGCUGUGAUGUUUGUGGUAAAACAUUUAACCAGCAGCCACAUCUUAGCAGACACAUGAGAGUCCACACAGGAGAGAAACCAUUUGGCUGUGAUGUUUGUGGGAAGAAAUUUACAGAAAAGGGAAGUCUUAAGUCACACAUGAGAGUCCACACAGGAGAGAAACCGUUUGGCUGUGAUGUUUGUGGGAAGAGAUUAACAGAACAGGGAAGUCUGAAGAGACACAUGAGACUCCACACAAGAUAGAAGAUGUUCACUAAGUACAUUUGUGAGAACCAAAGCAGUCUUUAUAGUCUUUUAAUGUUUUGCUGAAUUUUCUUUCUCUUCUCUAUAUUUUUAAAUGUCUAACAAAUAUUAGGUAAAAUGCUGCUUACUGCCUACUGAAACCACCUAUGUAGACAAAUUAUUAUUAUUAAUUAAUAAUUAAUAAUUAAUUAUUAUUUCUAAAUGCUCCCUUUAAAUGAAGUUGUUUGUAAUGUAGAGGGUAUGGAACAAGUGUGGGAAAUGUACGUUGCUUAUUAUGGGGAAAGUGGAGAUGGUAUUUAAUUGCCAAAUCCUAUAAAUUACUAAUUUAACAUUAGUAAUUGAUGGUAUUUUUUGUCUACAGGCAAGCCUACAGUUUAACAAAUAUGACCAAUGAAGUCUGACCCAUGACAAUCACCAUAGCAUUAGCCAUUUUUAGCAUGGAUAACAACUCUAGGCAUAUUUGCCAUGGAGGGGUCUUAACGGGGUGGGCUUACCUGCACCAGGGUUCCCCUUUUCACAUUGAUAAUAAGCUGGAAAAUCAAUGAUGAAAUAUAAAGAAUGAAAUAUACCCAAUUUUGUCAUAGUUGAGGAGGAGCCAGAGAAGUCUGUUUAACUGCAUUUUGAUAUAGUUUGUGUUUUUAAAAAAUUUUAUUGGUGUUUGUCAUUUGAUAUUUGUUAUUAUUAUUAUUAGUCAACAAAAACUAAUAACAUUUCAGUCUAGCUUUUAUCAUUGAAAUAUUUUCCAAAAUGUAUGCAUAUAUCCAAAAGUGAGCAGAGUAAUCCAAAAUCAACGGAAACAGGACACAGAGUACAGAAAGAACACUCAGCUGAUGAGGACACAACAAAGAGAUAACAGAACUGAGGGCUUAAAUACUGACACAGAACAACACACAGCCAGGGUAAACAAGCACAGGUGAGACACAGAUGUGACACAUGAUUUAAUAAAUAGAAAGCCAAAAUCAUAACAGGCUUAACCAAGAAUAAAACAGGAAAUAAUAACACUAAAACUCAAACCAUGACAGAACCAUAACACUACUCAUGCAAAGAGGGCAUCAGUAUUUGAACCUGAAUCCCUAGCCCAGUUGUAGCACUCCUAGCAAAACAGGCCACCUAACAAAUACACAGCUUCUGGCUAAGCCAGAGCUGAAGGAAUUUAGCACAAAGCUAACAGAACAUUUGUAACAACAGUACAACAAGGAUAAAUUAGCACAAGGUUAUCACAAAGCGUUCUCACAGACAUGUGGCACUGAAGCAAGUUAUUCAGGAAUGACCGCUGCCUAGAACGGCAGUCUGAGCACACUAUUUAACCGGAAGGCGAUCUUGACUGAAGUGUCCUGAUUGGAGAUGUCAGUAGCCAUGUUUCCAUCUAAUUGUCAUGCGAAUUUUAAGCGUACUUUUGAAAUGUCGCAAAAAAGUAACCGAGAAAUAUGUGCGUUUCCAUCAGCUGGUUUGGAGUGAAUAAACCAGGCUACGGCAAGCGUAGUUACGUCAGUAGUUGAUGUUACACGUGGCUGUAAUAAACAAGACGUAUGGGUUCCAAACCAGAAACAAAACUAGUCGCAUGAACCUGAUGGCCGCUGAUCUUAGAAAGAUGGAGAGAGGUCCUCAGAAAUGUGCUUCAAGCGGGAAAGUUGCUACCAGCCAUGUCUCUGCACGCUAUGGGAAUAUCCGGUGAUAUGCAGAGUUUUGCAUGCCUGCCGAGAAUUGCAUG